UUGGCUCUAUUUCAAGCGUAAAAGAUGAAUAAUUCGCUAGCGAUUCCUCAGCAUUAUCAGAGAUGGGCACAUUUUGUGAUAUUGAGAUCACCACUGAUCCCACUGUUUGACCCGAAUUGGGUUGGCAAGCUGAUUAUAAAUGACACUAUGGGAUAUAAGCCACGGAUUGGCUGUGAUGUGUUCCCUGUUGAUCCAUGGAGUGAUGGAUUGAAGAAAUCUGGGGUGAUAAACCCAUGUGAUAUGAGAGUUCGAAGUUCCAAUGACCAGACGUCAAGGACUUGUGCUUGUAUCAGCAAUGAUACGGAGCUGCAUCAGUGCUCUAGGCCAACAUUCGUAUAUCCUCUCUGCUUCAGGAGAAAGGUUAUCCCCAAGGAGCCACAUCACGAAUGCGAGACUAAGGUUUCAGGCAAUGAUAUCUUGUAUUGCUUCGCCUUCGAAGAACCACCAGAGAGGUUGUUCACCGGUACAUUGUCCGACACUGAUGUAUACUUACUCAGGGUUUACAUCGAUUUGGCGUAUAAGACUGCAAGUAUGCACCCUCUCUUCCAGCUCAGAAGCUGGGUUGGGCCUGGAAACAAGGCGUAUGAGGUUAUUAAGAUGUUUUCAGUGGAAUUCAUGGUUCGUUUCACCGCAAAUAUCAACCACUUGCAAAUUUGUUAUCCAGACCUCAGAAUGGGACAAUUCUACCCGUAUAAGUUGUGUGAUAUACUCCGAGCUUUAGGGGUUCAGGUUGAAAAAUUCUCCGACAAAUUGUACAACUUUCCAUUGCUAGGUGGUAUAGAUACUAAUAGACCAUACGACAAACCGUACUGUGAAAUCCAGGAGAUUGCAAGAUACCAUGAAUCCCCAAUGACAGGAAGUGUUUUGAAGCUCUGGUUUGAAUGGACUGCAGCAGGACAUUCAAUAGCAGAUUAUGAGUAUGCCCGGUACAAAAUCUACAAGGCAAACCAUUCAUUUGCAUCGAAAAUCCCGUUCAAAUUCCAAUGCCCUCAUAGAGCCCUUAUCAUCCGGUUCAUCAUAUUCGCAGAGUCAAAACGAGGCAUCAGCACCAGGAAGAUGGUGGAUUAUUUAGACAUGUUCUUGCAGUUCAACGGGAACAAAGAGUUGACAUGGUUGGUGCCUCGACUUCAGGUUGUGAUGAACCGUCUCUUCGCUGAAGAUGACUAUUCUGAAUUCGAACAGUAUCCAAUGGAUCAACUAUUUCACCAUUUGCUUCAAAAGCUCUCAUGAUUUCAGCGUCAUUUCUGUAAAGCUUUACCACAACAGGUUUUGUGUCAUCUUAUACGAUCAACAGAAUUCUGAAAAGACUCGAGC